AUGACCUACGAGUGGGAGCCCGGAACAUACUACGGCGAGGGUUCGGUGGUAGAGUACCAAGGUCACAAGUACAAGAUCAUUCAGCCUCACACGUCGCAGGGCGACUGGACACCUCCGGCCACCCCUGCGCUCUGGGGCCGUCUCCCUGAAGACUAUCACCACGAGGAGCACCACGAGGAGCACCGUCAGGAAAGUGGCUACAACCCUAGCUACAACCGAGACGGGGGAUCUAGCAACGAGAAGCAUGAAACGGUCAUCAUUCACGAGGAAGAGCGCAAGACCGGCUGGGACGCUCUUAGCGACGAACGCAAGCACCAGAUCGAGGUUGGUGGUGGUCUCGUCGCCGGUGCUCUCGCGCUUGGUGCUGGAUUCUUCGCGUGGAACGAACACAAGAAGAGCGAAGAAGAGAAAAAGCAGCACAUGUGGGACCUCUCGAACUGGCUGCGCGACGCUGAGAUCCGUACACGCGACUUCUACGGGGGACGUGUCUCAAGCCCAGUGACUUGGGUCUUGGUCGAAGGCAAGAACAUCCCCACUGACAUCGCCAUUGUCGGCGGUGAGGAACACGGCACGCCACAUUACAUCUGCCGUGGCUGGCACGAGAUUGGCAAAGCUUCUUCUAUCUUCCAGAAGGGCGGUGUCGUUGGGUAUGCGCACAGCGAACACCAUCUAGGCAAGUUCGAGGUCCUCGUAGGUGACAAGCGUGCCGUUCGCUGGGUUGACUUCCACGGUCGCUGCGAGCUCGACAAGCUACCCGGUCGCCCUGUCGAGGGUGGUCGCGAAGCCGACGGUUCGCCACUGUUCAUCGCCAAGGGAGUCUACAACAAGGCCAUCGUCCCCGGCAAGUGCGGCCCCAAGCUCCCUGCCGCGUUCGUCCCGUAUGCCAACAGCGAGAAAGAAGUCAAGGACUACAGCAUCCUUUGCUACGUUUGA